ACGAUUGACCACAAGACUAACCCCAGAUUGGAUUUUAAUUGUAUGACUUCUAAAAUAUCUAUUUGGCUCAGAUUCGGAUUAAGCUUUGUAUUUUUUACAUUGCUACUUCAAUUGACCCCUUUGAGUCUUCCAAUGAACUUGGAACAGAAUUUAGAACAAAACUACGUGCCUAGAAAGGCUUUGCAGGUUUCUAUGAACAGUGAAGUUGAAGAGAAGCCUCUACUAACGCAAUAUUCUGUGACAGAUAGCUCCAGCGAGUUUUCUCUAAUACCACAUGACUCUAUGAUGAUAGAAACAUUUACAAAGUCUUAUAACUCCUUUUCAGACUUGGGUAGCUAUUUUACACAAUAUAAGGAUGACAGCAUUGAGGAGAAUUCUAUAGCCUUUCCAAUGUCAUCACAUGAAUCCUCCUACUCUUAUACUUUAAUUAGCUCUGGCAACUCAAGUAUGAAAACAAAGCAGGAAGAAAAUGAAGAGCGACAAAGGCAAGUGAGCAAACAAAUUUGUCAGGAUCGGGAAGAGAUGGCAGGCAAGAGACAGAAAGGCAGGCCAUAUAAGGUGAAUAAUGCAAUAUUUUCCUUGGCAAGCAGUAAAUACAUUCCAGCUACCUACAGAAAGAGCUUAGAAAGAGCUUACAAAACCCAAAAACCAUCCCGAUGGUGCCAUGUAUGCAACAGAAGUUCCAUCAGAGCUCAUUUGGUACCCUGUUUCAAUAGGUGGUAUCACAGGUGUCGCAAGUCAAUAUGCCAAUUUUGCAUCUAUCGUUACUACUUACUAAAACCCAAUGUGCCGCCUUGCAUGUUUGCAAAAGAUAAAUUCUUCUGCAGUCACUGUCUUGGCAUUUGUCCUGUAACCUCACAGUGCAAAACAUAUCAAAAAACCAACGUAAGGAGACAUAUUCAAAGUUUAUUGGAUAAACAACAAAAAUAAAACUCUGGUUUUAUCAUAUAAAAAUUCACCAACGUUAUUUUCAUUUGCAAUUGAUUCAAGACAAUAUAUAGCGUUAUGCAAUGUAAACCUUCUAUCCACGAUACAAAAAUCAAUUCAGUGACUAGCAACUCAGUACUAAUAAAAUUAAGAAACCGAUG